AUGGUGUACCACCUCCAGGAGACGCCCACAUACGCACGCAACACGAUGGUGGAAGAAGCCAACAACGACUCCACCGACUCUGUGAAUGCUACGACCUCCGCUGCACCAGAACACCACCUCAAGGCGCUCGCACGCGCGAUCGAGCCAACACGCGUGUCGGAGGGUACGCCAAAGUCCGUGUACGCUGGCCGCAUCAAAAGUCUCGCGCAGGCCGAAAAGCUGCUCGAUGAGUGCUUGGAGAAGGACCCGGCCAAGCGCGUUGAGAAUACGAAAAAGGUCGAAGACAUUUACCUGUACAUGUACACGCCCGGGCGCGAGACGGGCUUCAGCGAACGCAAAGAGUCUCUCCGCAAAACGCCGCUCUACCUUCUUCUCCACGCCGACCGCUACGACCAGCCCACGACGCAACCCGAGCACCACCCAGAAUUGAACCAGGCAACGACAACGGACGUUGUGCUUGGUGCAUUUGAGAAGAACGAUAUCAAGGCGCGCAAGAAGCACCUUCUCGACCACCCGGUGAUGCGCGUCGUCAUCACACUCAAGUGGCGGGCGUUUGGCUUGCGCAUGUACUGUGAACAGCGUCUCAUGUUUUGGCUCCUCCUCGUCACGAUGACCAUCUCGGUUUCGAUUGGUCUUGGCGUCUUGCCCGAGGCGACGUACGAUGACCUUUUCAUGGGCUGGCUCACGACGUGCUCGCUCCUCCUCAUUGGGGUCGUUGCGACGCGCUUCUUGACGUGGAAGAACAAGAAGCCGUGGGCCUGCACGUUGGCGGUCACCCUUGCUUGUGUCGGCGGUGGCCUCCAGUACGUGUACGAGCCACUUCAAGCGCAAUUGAGCUGGACCUCGUUUGGCCGCCUCAACAACAUCGUGCUCAGUCUCUGCGCCAUCUACUUUUGCGUCUUUGAGAUCCGCGAGCUCGCGGCCGACAUUGACGAUCCCGGCUCAGUCAAAGCGGCCAAACGCCGCUCGAACGGUCAGUUGACAGAAAGCCACACUCGUACCUCGGCCAACCAGUCGGCCGGAAGAGCUAAUGGGCUCGAGCUUGAAGAGAAUCGUCCGAUGUCGCACUGCGAAGCGCCCGAGAGUCCUUGGACGUGGGCCAUGCUUCACCACUACUGCAUCCACGCCCCAAUCCAUGGGAUCAAAUGCGCGAUCGACUUGCUCCGCGGCAAGAGCACGUCGCCGUACCUCGAGUCGUACUGGAACCGAAUCCAGUUCCCGACCUUCUUUGCCGUCUUUGCCUGCGCCGUCGGUGAGUUGACACUGCCGCUCACUGACGACGUGCGAACGUUUGCCAGUAUUCCCGCGCUCUUCUUGCUCUACAUCAUGGGUCUCCAGAACCUCGAGGUCUUUGGCAACAUCUCGUACCUCCUUCCGAUGAUGCGCCGCAUGCUGACGGACGUGGUCAGCUUUCUCGUUUUCUUCUGGUCGAUCCAGUGCGGCUACACGUGUGCGUACUACCUCCUCUUCAAGAGCAAAGGCAACGACCCCGUCUUUGCGCCGUACGCGACCGUACCGCAGUGCUUUGUGACCACGUACCUCGUCACGUUUGCGCAGAUCAAUCUCGAGCCGUUCAAGGCGCUGACGUCGCCCGUCCAGUGGAUCCUCGGCUACGUUCUGCUGCUGACGCACGCGACCAUCUCGAUCGUCAUGCUGCUCAAUGUGCUCAUCGCGAUGAUGAACAAGACGAUGGGCAGCUACUUGGAAGAAGCCAAGCACGAGGCCCGCGUGACGUUUGCCGAGUGUGUGCUGCGGUUGGAGAAGACCAAGACGUUUGCGACGACAGAAGCUGACCUGAAGGCGGUUAUUGUCAAGGGCGACUCGUCGAACGACACGGUCAACGAGAAGAUUGAAACACUCCUCGAACGCAUGUGCCGCUCCCGCCGUGUCACCACCCGCAACCUCGAUGUCCUCCAAGCCCGCGUCGGCGACGUCUUCUACAUCCUCCAGGCGCAGAACGAUGGUCUCUUCCACGUGAUUUAA